AUGGUGUUCCUCUGGGGUCCGUUGCUGCUCUGCCUAGCUGCUCUGCACAGCCACCCAAGGUUUUAUUCAGCACAUGCCAUUGAGCAAAAGCGUCUCUUCUUAGACAAAGAUGGGGAGCUGAAGGACGUGAAAAGCGCUGGAGUCGCAGAGUCUGCUGCGCUGGGAGCCAUCCCGACCCUGCCGAAUGCAGACCUGGCAGACUUUACCUACGACAGCUUCCAGGAGAUUGACAGACCCACGUUGCCUUUCACCACCACCCCGCCAGGCACGAGGAACGACUGGAACCCAGAAGAUGAAGCCGUAGCUGGGGCUGUGGGCUGUCAUGAACAGCAACCAUCUGGGGAAAUCGCCUCUUCUGAAGAGGAAGGAGAGGCUGAAGAUAAAAGCUGUGAGAUGACUUGGAAGAAGAGCCAGAGGCUAGCAGAUGGCUUGAUGAGGUUCAGCAUCAGUCUCCUGAAAGAGGUCCAGCUGGAGUCCAACAGAAGCAACGUGAUCCUGUCACCCCUCAGCAUCGCCCUCGCCUUGUCUCACCUGGCACUGGGAGCAGCAAAUCAGACGGAGAAGCGUUUGCUGGAGGCGAUGCAUCUGGAGUCGGUGCCCUGCCUCCACCAGACGCUGGGCACCCUUCGCAGAGGGCUCGCAGAAUCCACCCUGAGCCUUGCAUCGCGUCUGUACCUGCAGAAGGGAUUUGAGGUGAAAGAGAAGUUCCUGGAGGAUUCGGAGAAAUUCUACGGAGCAAAGCCCAUGACCCUUUCUGGGAUGAGUGAGGAUGACCUGGUAGCCAUAAACAAGUGGGUAAAGGAAGCAACUAAUGGGCAAAUACCCACCUUCCUACAGCAGCUCCCUGAGAACACAGUGAUGCUCCUGCUCAAUGCAAUCCAUUUCCACGGGUUUUGGAGGAAUAAGUUUGAUGCUAGCUUCACUGGGCCAGAUGUAUUCCACCUUGACAAUGAGUUCAUGGUCCCAGUUGAGAUGAUGAAAGCCCAGAAGUACUCCCUGAGCUGGUUUACGCUGGAGUCCCAGGACAUUCAGGUGGCCAGGUUUCCCUUUAAGAGUAACACGAGUUUUGUGGUCAUUGUACCAAACCAGUACACUUGGAAUACCUCUCACGUGCUGGAGACCUUCCCUUAUCAACAGCUGUGCAGGCUUUUCCCCAAAGAGGUACCCACCACAGUGAAGAUCCCCAAAAUAAAAUUGGACUACCAGCUGGAACUCAACAAGGUUCUCAGUCAAAUGGGCCUCCAGGAGCUGUUCACAAGCCCGAACCUCCAGAAGAUCGCAGAUGAGCCUCUCUUCGUAUCCAGUAUACAGCAUCAAUCUACCCUGGAGCUUAAAGAAGAUGGGAUGGAAGCAUCUGCUGCUACCAGCGUCGCGAUUUCACGGUCGGUCUCUGCCUUCAGCCUUGACCGGCCUUUUGUCUUCCUUAUCUUUGAAGACGAAACAGGCAUCCCACUUUUUAUAGGCAAUGUCCAGAACCCUAACCCCAAUGCCGCUCCCCAGAUAAAAGAGCCACAGGACUCGCGUGAAGCAACAGAUUCCAAUGAGUACCCCAUGCCCAAAUAGGAGAGGAGCAGAGCCUGAGCGUUCUGGGACUGCUACCUGACCCUUUGGACCAGCUAGGAGAGGCCUCCUGUCCUUGGCGGCCUCCCUCUGAGGCCACAGGAGGCAAUCCCUUGCUGUUUUCCUUUACAGAUCCCUAGAGACCAGUCCUGGGAUAGCCCAUCCCAGCCUUGACGAGCUUCUCCAGGCUGGGGUUCCCCUCUGUUGAACCUGAAAAGCUUGCUCUGCCUGGAUUUCCCUUCCAGGGCUCUCAGUCCUGGAAGGGAGACUUCCUUGUCCCCAGACUCCUAAUAAGAGUCUUUAUUAAGCUCUUAUUAGAGUCCCCUAUAGCCUGGAAUCAUCAUUAGCAUCUGGCAGCUUGGACAACAGCCAGAGAUAUU